AUGGACAUCUGUCAUGAUACAUGUGUCCAAACCCACAGACCGUACACCACCAGAGUGAACCCCGAGGUAAACUGUGGAUUUUGGGCCGGCGGCCUCGCCCCGUCCCCCGCGCCCGCGCCCGAGCCCUCGCAGCCCCGCGCCAACCUCACCAACCAGUUCGUGCAGCCGCCCUGGCGCAUCGCGCUCUGGUCCCUCGCCUACGGCGCCGUGGUGGCCGUGGCGGUCUUCGGGAACCUCGUGGUCAUCUGGAUCAUCCUGGCGCACAAGCGCAUGAGGACCGUCACCAACUACUUCCUCGUGAACCUGGCUUUCUCCGACGCCUCCAUGGCCGCUUUCAACACCUUGGUCAACUUCAUCUACGCGCUCCACAGCGAGUGGUACUUCGGCGCUAGCUACUGCCGCUUCCAGAAUUUCUUUCCCAUCACGGCGGUGUUCGCCAGCAUCUACUCCAUGACGGCCAUCGCGGUGGACAGGUACAUGGCCAUUAUUGAUCCCUUGAAACCCAGACUGUCUGCCACAGCAACCAAGAUUGUCAUUGGCUGUAUUUGGAUUCUAGCAUUUCUACUUGCCUUCCCUCAGUGUCUUUACUCCAAAAUCAAAGUCAUGCCAGGUCGUACUCUUUGCUAUGUGCAAUGGCCAGAAGGUCCCAAACAACAUUUCACGUACCAUAUUAUUGUCAUUAUCCUGGUGUACUGUUUCCCAUUGCUUGUCAUGGGCGUCACAUACACCAUUGUUGGAAUCACUCUCUGGGGAGGAGAGAUCCCAGGAGAUACCUGUGACAAGUAUCACGAGCAGCUAAAGGCUAAAAGAAAGGUUGUAAAAAUGAUGAUCAUUGUUGUGGUGACAUUUGCCAUCUGCUGGCUGCCCUAUCAUAUUUACUUCAUCCUCACUGCGAUCUAUCAACAGCUAAACCGGUGGAAAUACAUCCAGCAGGUCUACCUGGCGAGCUUUUGGCUGGCAAUGAGCUCGACCAUGUACAAUCCCAUCAUCUACUGCUGUCUGAAUAAGCGGUUCCGAGCCGGCUUCAAGAGAGCGUUCCGCUGGUGUCCCUUCAUCCAGGUGUCCAGCUACGAUGAGCUGGAGCUCAAGGCCACCAGGUUUCACCCGACUCGGCAGAGCAGCCUGUACACUGUCACCAGACUGGAGUCGGUGACCGUGGUGUUCGACCCCAGCGACUCCGACAGCGCCAAGCCGGGUCGGAAGAAGAGGGCGACGCCGAGGGGCCCCAGCUUCAACGGCUGCCCCCGCAGGCAGUCCAAGUCUGCCUCCACCGCCCCAAGCUUCAUCAGCUCCCCCCACCCCUCGGUGGGUGAGUGUCCCUGAGUCCCUGUCCUGGGG